UGCCGUUGCCGUUGUUAUGGUUAUGUCGGCGUCGUGGUCGUGGCCGUUGUCGUUGUUGUUUUCAUCGUCGUCGUCGUCGUCAGUUGCCGCCACGCUCGAUAAUCCAAAUGCUCAUUCCAGUUCGUCGGUCGUUCGAUGAAUGUGAACUGAACUCGCAGUCAGAAUUUCAUUUUCGCGUGCUCCUCAGUUUCCAACGGUGAAAUUGUAACUGUAGUGCGUCUGGUUAUGGUUAUGGUCUAGAGCCAAGUACCAAGUGCCAAGUGACGACGAGGUUUUCGCCCACAACUGCUUGAAGCCGAUGCCUUUUGGGCGGCAGUACCUCGGAUUGGCUCCUGAAUAAACAAUAUACAUAUAGUGUGACAAUCCAUAAAUAGGUCAAACCGCAUAGUUGGGUCUUGCCUGAAAUAACUGAAAAAAAAAACAUUCAAAUAGGAAACACUCGUAGAACUGCAAAUAUACACAAAUCUAAAGUGACAUUAUGGCCGCCUAUACACAAUUUGGAUAUGGCGGUUUUCCGUCGGCAUCACAGCUCCUGCCAUCGUCGGGCACUGCGCAGGCGUCACAUGGCGCUGCCGCCGAAGGUACGUCCUCCGCGUCCCUGGUGAUGACAAACGCGCCGGCGCUUAGCCCAGCGGGUGGCGGUGCUGUUGCAGACUGCCAAACAAAUCAGCAGGCAGGUGGUGGUGGUGGGGAAGGCUCCAGUGGCGCAUUAAGUCCCGAUGCGUUAAGUCCCGACGCGCUUUCGCAGAAUUCAAAUGCCGCUGCGGGAUCCGUUGGAGCAGGCGCUGGCUCCGGCAUGGGUGCUGGUGGUUCCCUCGAUGCCAACGCUGUGGGAACAACGCCCACGACUGGCGGAGGCUCCUGCUGCGAGAAUGGACGCCCCAUCAUGACCGAUCCCGUGUCGGGACAAACAGUGUGCUCCUGCCAGUACGAUUCGGCGCGUCUGGCCCUUUCCAGCUAUUCGCGUCUGCCGGCGGCCAGCGUCGGUGUCUACGGCACACCCUACCCGUCGACGGAUCAAAACCCCUACCAGAGCAUCGGUGUGGACAGCUCCGCCUUCUAUUCGCCGCUGAGCAAUCCCUACGCCCUGAAGGACUCGGCGGGUGGCACUGAAAUGGGUGCAUGGACUUCGGCCGGACUGCAGCCCACAACUGGCUAUUACUCCUACGAUCCAAUGUCUGCAUAUGGCUAUGGGGCCAGUUAUGAUUUGGCUGCGCGGCGCAAGAACGCCACACGUGAGUCCACGGCCACACUGAAGGCGUGGCUGAACGAGCACAAGAAGAAUCCGUACCCCACCAAGGGCGAGAAGAUCAUGCUGGCCAUUAUAACGAAGAUGACGCUGACGCAGGUCUCGACCUGGUUUGCCAAUGCUCGCCGGCGUCUGAAAAAGGAGAACAAGAUGACUUGGGAGCCAAAGAAUCGCACAGACGAUGAUGAUGAUGCUUUGGUCUCGGACGAUGAGAAGGAUAAGGAGGAUGUGGAAUCGAAUAAAGGUGCGCAGGGCACAGGUUUGGCCAAAGAUGCGCCCAAAGAUGAGGACGAACUGACCGACGAGGAUCAAAAGUCGAUUGGUCAAGCGAAUAUAUUGCGCAGCGGCUUUGGCUACAGCUCAGGUAGCUAUCAUGGCGGCGCUGGCAGUGGCCAUCCGGCUAGCUAUCACCCGUAUCAUCACCAGCACGCCGCCUACUACCAAGCGCCUCAGCAGACCAUGCUGCCCGCUGGAUUCCAUGCCGGCUCUGAUGGUGGCUUGGGCAACAACAACAAACAUGGCAACGAGCACAGCGAUCCAAAAAACCAGCUCGGCCGGAACUGUGGCGUGCCAAUUCCAGCUACCAAGCCCAAAAUCUGGAGUUUGGCCGACACAGUCGCCUGCAAGACACCCCCACCAGCGUACAUGGGCCAGGCGGUUCCCGGCCAGCUCCUGCCUCAGUCGCAACAGGUGCAGCGCCUAUCGCAGCAGAGCAGCCUGGGCAUGACCAUGAAUCUGACUCAGCAGCAGCAGCAACAGCAGCAGCAGCAGCAGCAGCAGCAAGAGCAGCAGCAACAGUCGCUGGCAAUGGGCAGCCAUACCUUCAGCGGAGCACCCUAUUUAAGGGCGCAUACUACGGCCUACGGGGGUUUUCUAGGGGCUACGACGCAGCAGCUGCAUACUACGAGCAAUGCCCCGUACAACAAUCCCAAUUUGCAGAGCAGCAACAACACCAAUCCCAACAGCAGCACCAACAUCAGCAACACCAGCAACACCAGCAGCAGCAACAGCUCCAGCGGCACACAUACGCCUACCAUCCCUACCAUCCCUACGGCAAAUCCGAACGCUGCGACUCUGGGCUCGCAAUCGCAGUCGCUGGCGGCGUCGCCAGUCCAGCAGCUGGUCGGGCAGUUUCCGGGAAUGCGCCAGUCACACCCACACCUACACCAACAACCACAUCCGCAUCCGCAUCCGCAUCAGUCUCAGUCUCAGCCCGUAGCGAGUCAGCGGGCGAUGGGGUUUCCCGAAGCCCAACCCGAUACUCCACCCCAAACUCCGCCGAAUAUGAAGGUAUUGAACGGAGCUUCGAGUCUGCUGCCUAUCGCUUCGCAAGCCCCUACGACCGCUACUUGUCGCAGCAGUAACAACUUCGGCAUACCCUGCAGCUACCCCAUGCCGAUGAAUUUCUCUACCCGCUAUGGCGAGUACUCGCCCAGGGACGACUGCUCCAGUGGCAGCAGCAGCUCCCUGUCUCCUCAGCUGCAGCAUAACGAGAACAUGUUCAAGCCGCUGUUCAAGAGAGACCAAGUAUCGCUUGCCGGUUUCGUGCCUCCUGUUUAGAGACCAAGACCUGAGCAUGCAUGCAUACUUGGAUUUAAUUGUGUCCGCGAAUCGGAGAACUCUGAUCAGAGACACGAAUAAACUAACUGGCCAUUGGGGCUCGUGCAACAAAUUUCAUAAAAAUGUGUAAUACUAAUUAUUUAUAAAUAAAAAUACCUACAAAUACAAUUUGCCGCAAGUAACUUACUAUAUACAAGUAUAUAUAAAUAUAUUGUCUUAAUCUACACUUACUUAGGCUUAACACUUGACAAGAUUCUUUUUGUAACUGCAUUGUAAAAUCGCGAAUAUUUAAUUUUAGUUUUAAGAUUUUAAGCUGUGAUACACUUUACAUUGUUUACUAGACUAAAAAUAAAAUAUAGUAUGUCGACUCUAUGAACACAUAAUUAUGUAGCCUAAUGCAAUUUUGAUUUGUUUAAUAAAAAUUAAUCUUUGUAAUCCCA